AAAGUGCGCCCUAAACAUGCAUUCUUCCCCAACGAUUGGCUAACCUCCUCGCGCUGAUGGUCAUCUUUAUUAUCCAACUGUUGUUACCUAAGUCUCUUUCUAUCACCGGAGGAAGAUUCUUUACCUCUCCAGAUUCCCAGACCAUCAGAUACAUAGGUGAGACAUGCCUGCGGUCCCCUCCCUUAAAGACAGCAGCGUCCUGGGCCCUGUGUGCCCGCACGCUGCCAGGCUACGCGUCACCAACGGCAAUGGGGACGCCAACGGAUCCUCCAAGAUCCAGGAAGGGCUGUUACAACUCCCAACCAAGGGGGGCGUCAGAGACAAGCUAGAGGUGGAGGACGUGACUGGAACCAUCCAGGCGGUGGGGGAGAGGAAGUGGAUCCGUCCCGACCUUCCUAGCCGGUGCACCUGGAGACUGGGGGGCAACCACGCCGACUCCCCCCACACCCAUCCUCAACAGACCAAAGCUCCUAAAAUCCUCACCAACAUCCUCCGGAGGAUCGGUGACACCCCGCUGGUGCGCAUGAACAAGAUCCCCAAGACCUUUGGCCUCAAGUGUGAAGUCUUGGCCAAGUGUGAGUACUUCAACGCGGGCGGCAGUGUGAAGGAUAGGAUCAGUCUGCGUAUGGUGGAGGAUGCAGAGAGGGCAGGACAUCUGAAACCAGGAGACACCAUCAUAGAGCCCACCUCAGGCAAUACAGGUAUCGGUCUGGCUCUGGCUGCAGCUGUGAAGGGUUACCGCUGUAUCAUUGUCAUGCCUGAGAAGAUGAGCAUGGAGAAGGUGGAUGUUUUGAGAGCCCUGGGCGCAGAGAUCGUCCGUACUCCCACCAGCGCUCGUUUCGAUUCACCAGAGUCUCACGUGGGCGUGGCUUGGCGUCUGAAGAACGAGAUCCCCAACUCUCACAUCCUGGACCAGUACCGUAACCCUAGUAACCCCCUGGCCCACUAUGACACCACAGCAGAGGAGAUACUGGAACAGUGUGAUGGGAAAGUGGACAUGCUGGUGGCAGGCGCUGGCACAGGCGGCACCAUCACUGGCAUUGCCCGCAAACUGAAGGAGAGGUGCCCCAACAUCCAGAUCAUCGGUGUGGACCCUGAAGGCUCCAUCCUGGCUGAACCAGAGGAGCUGAACAAGACAGACAAGACCCAGUACGAGGUGGAGGGCAUCGGAUACGACUUCAUCCCCACUGUACUGGACCGAUCAGUGGUGGAUAGCUGGUACAAGUCCAACGAUGAGGAGUCCUUCAACAUGUCCCGUAUGCUGGUCAGAGACGAGGGCUUGCUGUGUGGUGGCAGCUCGGGCACGGCCAUGGCAGCGGCGGUGAGGGUGGCCAAGGACCUGAAGGAGGGCCAGCGGUGUGUGGUCAUCCUGCCAGACUCCAUCCGCAACUACAUGACCAAGUUCCUGAGUGACAAGUGGAUGUUCCAGAAAGGCUUCCUGAAGGAGUCAGACAUCAUGGUAAACAAACCCUGGUGGUGGAACCUGAAGCUGCAGGGGUUGAACCUCUCUGCCCCUCUGACCGUCCUGCCCACGGUCAGCUGUCAGAAGACCAUCAAGAUCCUGAAGGAGAACGGCUUUGACCAGGCCCCUGUAGUGGACGAGGCUGGGCUGGUCCUAGGAAUGGUUACUUUGGGGAAUAUGCUGGCCUCUGUGCUGGCUGGGAAGAUCAAACCCUCAGACCCAGUCAACAAGGUGAUCUACACCCAGUUCAAACAGAUCCGUCUGACUGAUAACCUGGGGAAGCUCUCUCGUAUCCUGGAGACGGACCAUUUUGCCCUGGUGGUACACGAACAGAUCCAAUACUUGACAGACGGCUCCCCCAGCCUGAAGCAGAUGGUGUUUGGUGUGGUGACGGCCAUCGACCUGCUCAACUUCGUCACGGCCAGGGAGAAGAGGGAGAGGUCCUUCUCUGAGUGCAGUGACCUGUGACCGUGUCCCUGUGACGGCUGGGUCAUGUGCGCACAAACACCUCGUGUACACACACACGGAACACGUUAAUUACACCUACAGCUCACAGCCAUACACAAACACACUGUGAUAUUAACGACAAUAUAAAGAAUAUGAGGUCGUAUGAACUUGAUUGGUGGACAAACUGUUGUUGCUGCUUUCUCAUGACGUGAGUCAUUUAGCAGAUGCUCUUAUCCAGAGCGACCUACAGAUAGUGAGGACAUACUGUUCACCCCCAACUGGUCCCCCGUGGGAAUCCAACCCACAACCCAUUUUCAUACUGUUCCCCCCCCAACUGGUUCCCCGUGGGAAUCUAACCCACAACCCAUUUUCAUACUGUUCCCCCCCAACUGGUCCCCCGUGGGAAUCCAACCCACAACCCUAGCGUUGCAAGCGCAAUGCAUUCAUAUGAAAGUCUUAAAUCUUUGCUAUAUUUUGCGAUCUUGAUCAUAGUAUGUAGACACUGCCUACAGAGGGAAUUCCCAUGUUGCUUUGUGAUGGCUAUUUAAAUGAUCAGACUGUGCCCCAUCCCAUGUACUGAACCAAUAAUUGUGAAACCAAUCUUUACUGAAAAAAAAAAUGGUUUUAAUUGUGAAAACAUCAAUCAAUGCAUUUCAACGCUAUGCAUAAUGACACAACCCUGCACAAUUACAACAGGUUUGGGAAACAGACCUACCUGUAUGUUGAUGUGUUUUUUAAAGGUCCAAUGCAUCUGUUUUUAUCUGGAUAUCAAAUCAUUUCUGGGUAACAAAUAAGUAUUUUACUGUGAUUGUAUUCAAUUAAAACAAGUAGUUUCUUAGCAAAGAGCAAUUUCUCAAGCAAGACUUUAGCUAGGACAGUUUGGGUGUGGUCUGAGUGGGGAGGGGAAAACUCAAAACUAGCUGUUAUUGGGAAGAGAGGUAUGGAACAUUUUGCUGUUGGUCUAUUAAAAAAAAUGUAUCGCAUGACGUCACAAUGGAAAGUCUAACCUCCCGCCCAUACAAACCUGCUGAUUAGAAGGCCCUGUGUAGAUUGCAUUUUCAACCAGCAACUAUCAGGAAAUAACACUGUCAGUGUCAGUUUCAUCAGCUGUAUGAUAUUAAACACAGGAAAAACAGAA